UAUUUAUGGUAUUUAAAUUAGCCCUCCAUAAAUGUUUGUUUACACUUUACGUUUGGAAAUUAAAAUUUAAUUUGUAUUACCCAUGUGUGGCCGUACUUGCUUAACCCUAGAUCCUGAUCAGGUGAUUUGUGCAUGUAAAUAUACUAAGAGAACCAUCAAAAAGGAGUCGGAAUCCGAAGGGAAAGAUAAAGUCCAGAAUGGGGAAGGAUCAGAAUUGGAUAUUCCCGAAUGGAGGGCGGAAUUCAACCUAGGAAGGCGCUAUCAGGCCUCCUAUAAUAUAGCGCCUACCGAUAUAACUCCGGUUAUUGUGUCUGCAGCUCAUUUCUCAGAUGCCGAGAAUCAGAAGUGCGCCCGUGUGGUUAUGCCCAUGAUGUGGGGAAUGAUCCCCUUUUGGCAUAAGGGCGACUAUCGACGACACGGCCUCACAACCAACAAUUGUCGCUUAGAGCACCUAAUGGACUCAAAACUCUAUCGCGGUCCUUUCAAACGUGGACAACGAUGCGUAGUUAUUUGCGAGGGUUUUUACGAGUGGCAGACCACCGGUCCUGCCAAAAAGCCAUCCGAGCGGGAGGCGUACCUGGUAUUCGUACCUCAGGAGGGCGAUGCCAAGAUCUACGACAAGAACAGGUCGCCCCAGGAUGUGAAGCUACUGCGAAUGGCUGGACUUUUCGACGUUUGGGAGGACGAAAGUGGCGAUAAGAUGUACAGCUACAGCAUUAUCACCUUCCAGUCCAGUAAAAUAAUGUCCUGGAUGCACUACCGCAUGCCAGCGAUCCUCGAAACCGAACAACAGAUGAAUGAUUGGUUGGAUUUCAAACGAGCUAGUGACGCUGAGGCCUUGGCUACAUUGCGUCCGGCUACCGAACUUCAGUGGUAUCGAGUGUCCAAACUGGUGAACAAUUCGCGGAACAAAAGCGAGGAGUGUAACAAGCCAAUCGAAUUGGCCGCCAAGCCCGCUAAACCGCCAAUGAAUAAAACGAUGAUGGCCUGGCUAAACGUUCGCAAGAAGCGUGAAGACCAAAUCAAAGCAGAACAAAGUGAUCCCAGCGAUGAUGAAGAGCAGAAAAAAGAUGGGCGAAGCAAACGCAGGACCUCCUCUGAAGACUCUCCCGUAGACAGAGUAGCCAAGCGGCCCAGAUUCAGGGAAUUUAAAAAAGCUGCUCUUCAACAGAGCUGCGGAAGCAGCGAUGGUGAAGUGAAAUCGGCUGAGAGAUAAGCCCAACAUGUUUCUUAACUUCCAUAGUUGUAGUACAUUAAGUUUAUUUUCAUUAAAAACCGAAAUAUUUGUUCUUAAUACCCAAA